AUGGCCAGGAAUGACUUUGGCCAAUUGUACGGCUUCCUUGUGCUACAACGGCGGUACCUGCGUGGCCAAAGGAAACAGGACAAAGUUGUGCGACUGCACGCCCGGCUUCCAAGGUUCCAGAUGCCAAUACGGCUGGCUUGCUUGUGGGCAUUCGAGGACUGCCUUCAGUGGUCAUCAGAUAAACGAUCAUUCCUGGCCAGUUCCCAUCCUCGCCUUAUGCGAUCAAAACUCACUCAAAGGUCUGAUCUCUCCGGCGACGCCACGCCAUCGCAAUAUGCACACGCGGUGGGACAUAUGGCAGCACAAGCUGAGUCCACCACUGACAGAGUGACAGCUGUCCGAGUUUUGGGCGGCUACAGCAGCGGCCGCGGCUUAGCACCGCGCAACUAA